GAUGUUCGACGGCGGUAUCCACUCACAAAUAGAGAAUCACUUGAUUCCUUUAUCUGGAUGAGAUAUUGAUAAGUUCUAAGAUAUAAUGUAGUAGUUGAUGUUUAGUUGAGAAUUAGGAAGUGUUAUGUGUGCAUAUUGUGAAGAUGGAGAAGAAAUCUGGAUGGAUAACGCCUUUUAAAAAGCAGUGCUUCGUGACCCUGGGAGCAUGCUUGAACAUGGCGAGCCACGGCCUGACGGUGGGCUUCGCGGCCAUCUUGCUGCCGCAGCUGAGGAGACCAGAUUCCAUCAUACCCAUUGACGCUUCGUCAGGGUCCUGGAUAGCCUCAAUAUUGGGAUUCGCGUUGGUCGCCGGCAACUUCAUCUGUCCGACUGUGAUGGCCAACUACGGCCGAAGAACCGCCAACAUCGUCUCUAUAGCUCCCAUGCUCGCCGGCUGGUUCUGUAUACUCUUCGCCACCAACCUCCCCACCCUUCUCGCCGCGAGAUUGCUCCAAGGCAUCUCCAUGGGCAUGAGCGCCUCCCUCGGACCGGUCAUCAUCGGAGAAUACACCAGCCCAAAAAACAGAGGACCUUUCUUAGCAUCCAUCUCUGUUACAAUCGCUACAGGAGUCCUGAUUGUACACGCCAUGGGGUCCUUUAUCAGUUGGCAAAAAACAGCCCUCGUGUGCGCUGUUAUAGGAUUCAUAGACUUACUUAUAGUCAUUUAUUCUCCUGAGACACCCAGCUGGCUGGCAGAUCAAGGGAGAUAUGACGAAAGCAGAAAGAUAUUCAGAUGGCUUAGGGGCGACAGCGAAGAAGACGAACUACAGAGGAUGAUAGAUACUAGCGUAAUUAUUAGAGAAUCUAAAGCCGAAGUGAGUUCAUCAGAAACCUUCUUCCAAAAAUUAAGAAGGAAUGUAGUGUAUUUUAGAAUAACUAUUAGAAAAAGGGAGUUCUAUAAGCCUAUUUUCAUAAUGAUGCAUAUAUAUACUUUGGGCAUGUGGUCAGGCGCUAAUCUCAUGGCGGCAUAUACUGUGGAUAUUUUUGAGAACGUUGUCGGUAAAGGAUCGAACAUUCCUUUAUUAGUGAUCACAAUGGGUGUGCAAAGAAUUAUCUCAAACAUGUGUGCUGUUUUUGUAAUUAAGAAAGUGAAGAGACGGACGAUGUUAGUAGCCACUGUUGCGAUUAACGUGUUUGCUUAUUUAUCGAUCGCAGCAUAUUCUUACGGAAAGCAGCAUGGAAUGCUGCCUUUCGACCAUCCCAUGAUAGGCAUUGUCUUGAUUAACAUCCAUAUAUUCUCGAUAGCUACAGGAACAGUGCCGCUUCCUUUUAUAAUCGCUGGAGAAUUAUUCCCUCUAGAAUUUAGAAGUUUAGCCGGAGGCAUAAGUGUCUUGUUCCUGUCUGCAAACUUGUUUCUAUCCAUAAAGACUGCGCCACUUCUCUUCUUGAAAAUCGGUAUUCAUGGUGCGUAUGUUAUUUACGCAUGUAUAGUGACGUACUGUUUGGUGGUAGCCUGGUUCUUUCUUCCAGAGACCAAGGAUAGGACUCUUCAGGACAUAGAGGACGAGUUCCGAGGUAGACCACUAUCUGCCGAGGAAGUGAAAUCGGUGCAGUCUUUGCAUUCCCUGAUGAUGUACAAAACUGACCGCCGCUGCAGCCAACCUGUGAUAUAAUUUUAGUUUUACUUCAAGUAUUCAUUGUGCUAGUUAUAAGUAACUUAUUUUAGGGUAAUAGAAAGUCUGGAAACUCAUAUCCAAUAG